AUGUCGAGUGGCACUCUGUUCAUCCGCGAUUCACGCACCAACAAAAACUAUGAGAUCCCCAUUAACCGAAACGCAGUACGCGCGACCGACCUUCAGGGUAUCCGGGCGCCUUCGCUCAACAGCAAUCGCGCAGACCAAGUUGCCCAUGGAUUGCGUGUCUAUGAUCCCGGGUUGCAAAACACGGCCGUGACACAAUCAGUUAUCAGUUUUUCUGAUCAUGAACAUGGUCUGCUUCUGUAUCGAGGGUAUACCCUGGACCAACUCUGGGGAUGCGAGUUUGAAGAAAUGUUCCAUCUGCUGCUAUGGGGAACAUAUCCCACAGCAAGUCAAUGCGAAGAGCUACGCAUGCAUCUGGUCCAGUAUAUGCAAGAGGUCCCUGAUGUUGUGCGCCAGACAAUCUUUAACCUCCCGUAUGAUGGUUCUCUUGGUCGCGUCUGCCAGCCCGGUCUUUCAGCUUACCUGGCCUGUGUACCCGAGGUGAUCCCAGCAACCACAAAUGCGACAAUCUACCAAACAGACAUCAAACGGGCUGACCAAACCAUCCUCAAAACUGUCGCUGCCUACACUGUUGUCUUCGGAGCUGUGCGAUCUCACCGGUUAGGCCUUCACUGGAGCUCUCCAUCUCUCCAUAAAACCUACUACGAGAAUCUAUUUACGAUGGCCGGUCUUGUAGACCCAGAGACAAACCGCCCAGAUCCUACACGCAUAUCCUGCUUCCGGCGAUUUGGCAACCUCAACGCCGAGCAUGGAAUGGCCUUGACAGUUUUUUCAUCCAUAGUGACCGCCUCAUCCCUGACCGACCCGGUGUCUUGUCUGAUAUCUGCCGUCGCCGCUGCCCACGGACCUUUACACUUUGGCGCAACAGAAUCCGCCCAACGCGCUCUCCACGACAUUGGAGAACCAAAGAAUGUCCCGGCUUUCAUUGAAGAAAUAAAAGGCGGAAAGCAAAAACUAUUCGGCUACGGCCAUCGCACUUACAAGGGGAUGGACCCACGCGUGCGUCCCAUCCAAAGUAUCCUGAAGGAUUUGACCGAUGUUCAUCAACCGCUAUUAAAAGUCGCCGAAGCGAUUGAGGAGGCUGCCGCGAAAGACGAGUACUUUAGUACGCGGGCCUUGUAUCCCAAUGCGGACUUCUAUGGUAACUUUGUGUUUACUGGAAUUGGCUUUGAGCCUGAUAUUAUUCCCGCCGCAAUGCUGGCUCAUCGCAUUAUGGGUAUUAUGGCGCAUUGGAGAGAGCAUAUGGUCACUCGUGGCAAACUGUUUCGACCUAUUCAUCUCUAUACGGGGAGUGCAGAGCCAACUUCGGAUCCAAGGUCUAAAAUAUAG